AAGGCGCCGCCUGAGGCGGCGACGACGGCGGGAGCGGGAUGGCGGGGCCGGGGCUCCCGGGGGCGGCCGACGCUCGGCGAAGGUACCGCUGUAUCGAGUGCAACGGAGAGGCCUCCGAGCUCUACCGCGACUACAGCCACGGGGUCCUGAAGAUCACCAUCUGCAAAUCGUGCCAGAAACCCGUGGACAAGUACAUCGAGUACGAUCCCGUCAUCAUCUUGAUCAAUGCCAUAUUAUGCAAAGCUCAGGCCUACAGGCACAUUCUUUUCAAUACACAAAUAAAUAUCCACGGGAAGCUGUGCAUAUUCUGUUUGCUCUGCGAAGCCUACCUCCGGUGGCUGCAACUGCAGGACUCGAGCCAGAGCCCUGACCCCGAUGACUUAAUCAGAUACGCCAAGGAGUGGGAUUUCUAUAGGAUGUUUGCCAUAGCGUCUCUAGAGCAAACCGCGUUUUUCGCGGGCAUCUUUACGGUGCUGGGGCUGGCCCGACCCCCGGCCCUGGGCACGGCCUCCAGCUUCGUCCUGCUCCUGAAGGCCCUGCUCUUGUCCAGCUACGGGAAGCUGCUGCUGAUUCCGGCCGUCAUCUGGGAGCACGACUACACUCCUCUGUGCCUGCGGCUCAUCAAAGUAUUCGUCCUGACAUCCCACUCGCAGGCCGUCAGAGUGACGCUGAACAUCAGCCGGAAGCUGGCCCUGCUGGCCAUCCUGGGCGGCCUGGUGUUGGAGAGCAGCCUGGUCUGCCUUUUCCAGAGGAUGGGAUGGGAUGUGGGCGGCAGCUGCCCGGUCUAUAAGGCGUAGAGUCGGAGCGACACGCAGCCGUCCGGGGGCCGGUCCUGCUGCCCGAGAAGAGCCCUCCUGGGAGUGGGCACGGCACACGCCCGCAGCUACGUGUGCCCGCUCACUUGCCUGCCUUCACCCUAGAUCUUCACAGCAAGUUGGAGGAUGCGAGAGUCACCCGAGCGGCUUAACUCCCGGUUGACCCAAACUACCCCAGGUCCCGGCUUUAGGGUCGGAAGCAGGGAAUUGGAUCAACGCGGUGCCGAAAUCAGAACAGACGGGUGGCAGCUUCGGAGAGGCCUCUGCCAGCCCUCGGUCCAGAGCGCCUGUGCUGCCCUGUGUAAGGAACUGUGGCAGAACUGCACUGGGAGUGCCACCUACGCCACCCGUGGUGCCACCAGCCCUGCCCAUGGCUGGCAGAGCACCCCCCAGCCAGGAGAAGGGCCACCAAGCGUCCCAGGUGCAGAGAUGCUGGGAAACGCUGUCAGGAGCAAAGAGGCAGUGAUCUUGGGGUGCCCCUGCAGCCACCUGGAAGCAGGUGAGUCCACUGAACCUUGUCUUCUGCACAACCUGGGCACCCCGUGCCUUUGGGUUUUUUGAUCGGGGUGAAUAAAGCAUGUUUGGUCUCAA